AUGUCUUCUUUUGGUACCGUUUUCCGUGUGACCACAUACGGUGAAUCUCACUGUAAAUCGGUAGGAUGUAUCGUUGAUGGGGUCCCUCCAGGAAUGGAUUUAACCGAGGCAGAUAUUCAACCUCAAUUAACAAGAAGAAGACCUGGUCAAAGUAAAUUAUCUACUCCUAGAAAUGAAAAGGAUCAAGUCCACAUCCAAAGUGGUACCGAACUGGGUAAAACAUUGGGUACUCCCAUUGGUAUGCUUGUUCAAAAUGAAGACCAUCGCCCUCAUGAUUAUUCAGAAACUGAUUUGUACCCCCGUCCUUCUCAUGCAGAUUGGACUUAUAUUCAAAAAUACGGUGUGAAAUCUGCAUCUGGAGGUGGUCGUUCUUCUGCCAGGGAAACUAUUGGUAGGGUUGCUGCUGGUGCCAUUGCUGAAAAAGUUUUAGCCAAGGCUAACAAUGUUGAAAUUGUUGCCUUUGUAAGUGCCAUUGGUGGUGUAAGCAUGGAUCGUAACCCAACUGAUCCUAAAUUCCAAAAAAUAUUGAACACUAUUACCAGAGAACAAGUUGAUGCUUGUGGUCCGAUUAGAUGUCCAGAUGAAGAUAUUAAAGAAGAAAUGGUCAAGGUUAUUGAACAUUACAGAGAUGCAAAGGACUCUAUAGGAGGUGUUGUCACUUGUGUCAUUAGAAAUUGUCCUAUUGGGUUAGGUGAACCAGUUUUUGAUAAAUUGGAAGCUAAAUUAGCCCACGCUAUGAUGUCAUUACCUGCUACAAAGGGUUUCGAAUUUGGUUCUGGAUUCUAUGGUGUUCAAAUCCCUGGUUCUAAGCAUAAUGAUCCAUUCUACUAUGAUGAAGAGAAUGGAAGAUUAAGAACAAAAACCAAUAACAGUGGUGGUGUUCAAGGGGGUAUUUCUAACGGUGAAAACAUCUAUUUCAGUGUUGCUUUCAAAUCAGCAGCCACCAUCUCUCAAGAACAGCCAACAGCUACAUACGAGGGUAAGGAUGGUGUUCUUGCUGCUAGAGGAAGACACGACCCUAGUGUCACACCUAGAGCUGUUCCUAUCGUAGAGUCAAUGGCAGCUUUAGUUUUGUGUGACCAGUUAUUACUUCAGAAGGCCAGAGAAGCCAGUGCUAGCAUAGUUGCAUGA